AUGCACGUUAUAUGGUGCAAAAUCCAACAAAGUUGUUUAUCAAGAGAAACUAUCACAAAUUUCGAAGAUGUUUCUAAUGAACUUAUUUAUGAGAUAUUUGAAUUUCUCGAUUAUUUUCAUAUAUAUAAAGCGUUUUUCAAUCUUAAUGUACGAUUUCGUAAUCUUCUUACAAAUUCAAGUCUUCCUAUUAAAAUUAAUAUUUCAUCUAUAUCUAAAUCAGCUUAUCAACAAUAUUAUACAGACAUUAUCAGGACCAAUGCUUAUCGAAUUAAUUCACUUCGAUUAUCAAACUUAUUUAUUUAUGGUCUUGCGUCCUCACCAAUUCAAAUUCUAUCGAAAUUUCUCCAACUUGAAAGACUUAUUCUUCAUAAUAUUCAAUCAGAAUAUUUGGAAGAAAGUCUUCUUCGAUUGAUGUCUUUGCCUUUUCUCUCUUCAUUGACUGUAACUUCACUUGAUAACAUUAAAAAUAAGAAUGUUAUCUAUCAUCAAAUACUUCGUCUACCUGCAUUGAAAUAUUGCAAAUUCUCCUUGGAAGGAUAUUCUAACGAUGAUAUUCCACUACCAUCAACUACCAAUGAUUAUAAUCCAAUCGAACAUCUGAUCAUCAAUGAUGAGAUGUAUUUGGACCAACUUAAUUGUUUGGCAUCAUAUGCUCCUCAACUUCGUCGUUUUUCAACGCAGUUACGACCAGAAUAUUGGAUUCAGCAAACAAAAAUAUCUCCGCUUACAUUAAAUCAUUUGACACAUGUUUUUCUCAAAAUGAAUAACGUAAGUUUUAAUCAAUUUGAACAAAUGGUCGUUGAUCUUUUCGCUACAAUUCAAUUUUUACGCAUUUCAGUAACAAAUAGUGCAGAUAUGGAAUAUAUGAAUAAUAAAAGGUGGGAACAACUGAUAUUGUCCCAUAUGCCGAAUUUACGUAUAUUUGACAUUCGAUAUGAAGGUUACCUAAGCAACAUUGCUGCUAAUAAUAAUUAUAAGUUGGUAUUAGAUAGCCUCAUCAAUCAGUUUACGUCUCCAUUUUGGAUUGAACGACAAUGGUUUUUUGCACUUCGAUAUUACCAAGAAAGAUCUUCAAAUUGGAUAAUAUUCUAUUCAACAGAUCCAUAUACGUAUCAAUAG